AUGGACCGGCGAUUUCCUAGCUUAUCUCCCUUCAAGAAACGCAGUUCUCCCCAUGCUAGAAAUGUAGAUGUACCCCUGGCCAAUGAUGGGUAUCGUGAUCCUAGAAGGGACGGAAAAGGACCAAAACGACAAUUUUCGCAACCGAUGAAUACUUUGGUUCCACUAAGAACUUAUAAAAAGAAGAAGAAAAAUGAUGAAAUAAAGUCGAAAAGAGGAAUAAAUGAAGGGAAGGAGAAGGAGAAGGUCGAGAAUGAAAGGGAGAAAGAAGAAAAGGAAAAAAUGGAAGAAAAUUUUCAAAGUGAUUCUGAUAGCCAGCUUAUUGAUCUCUCUCUUCUUUCCAGCAGUCCCACUAGAGAUAGAGGCAAUGAACUUGAUGAAAUUGCAAAAUUGAUACAAGAAAGUGAAGACGAACCAGCAGCUGACACUUUAACAAAGAGUUCUACAAGUCAACUUGGAGUUCCAAAUCUGAGCACAAAUGAAGAAGAUUUCAGUAAAGACGAUUUCAGUUCAUUUCCCAGUUUGAUGCAGUCAUUGCAACGAAAAGUGGUUGAGAGUAGUACUGAGAUAGCAGAACGGUUCAAGGAGUAUGGGAUUCCCAAACCGGUUACUUCCAAGAGAGAAUUGGCAGUUAGAGUGGAUCGACAUCUACAAGUUGCACGCAAGGUUUUGACUCAGAAAAAAGGUUCAAGCUUCUAUAACUCAGCCAAGAACAUCCUGAACCAGUCCCUCCACGAUACAAUGACCCUGAAAGAAAAACUGGAAAUCGACUGGACCAUUUUUUAUGGUGGCUACUACGGGUUGAAAAGACAACUUUUCAUCGGUAAUAUUAUUGUGAGUCAAUUGCACGACGAACUUCGGACCAGCGCUGGAAACUGUCGAGAGAUAUCCUACUGGACCAUAAAUGGCUUUUCAUCGUUUGUAUUAGCCAAUGAGGUGAUCUUGUCGAUGAUAAUGGAAGACUUUAAAUGCGAUCGUGAGAAGGCCGAAAAUAUAGCAAGAGAAACGGUGGACUACGGAAAAGCCAUUACAGACACCAGAGAUAUCACAGAUGACAUGGAUGUGGGCGAGUUAUUGCAAGAGGAGUCAAAGGAGUUUAUGAAGAGUAUUUCGAAAAGAUAG